AUGGCGGAGGAGGAUCCCUGUGGGCAUCUCAUUGACCAUUCCCACGUCCCCGACUUCGAGGUCCGACUGGCAGUGAAAAUCUGCCUGACCGUCAUCUAUGGAUUUAUCCUCCUGGCUGGAAUUGUGGGCAACAGCGUGACCAUACAGACCACCAAAGUUCUGAGGGACAAGGGCUAUCUCCAGAAGGGAGUGACGGACCACAUGAUCAGCUUGGCGUGCUCCGAUCUGUUGGUCAUCCUGCUGGGGAUGCCGGUGGAGUUGUUGUCGGUCAUUUGGUUUCCGUUCUCCUCCACCUACGGAAACAUCACCUGUAAGGUCUACUGCUUUCUGUUCGAGGCCUGCAGCUAUGCCACCAUUUUCCACGUGGCCACUCUCAGUUUCGAGCGGUACAUGGCCAUCUGCCAUCCCUUCCGCUUCAAGGUGAUCGCAGGCACGCGGGUCGUGAAGCUGAUGAUCGGUUUCGCUUGGCUGACCUCUGUUUGUGUGGCGCUGCCUUUAAUUUUCGCCAUGGGCGCGGAAUAUCCCCUGAGUGCCAUGUCUGGUCUGCGUUCCCAGUGCAACACCUCUUACCAUCGUAAUGCCAACCUUACCCUGUGCACCAGCCUCCAUUCCCAGUGGACCACGUUCCAGGCCAGCAUCUUCAGCGCUUUCGCGGUCUACAUAGUGGUGCUGGUCUCUGUGGCUUUUAUGUGUCGGAAGAUGAUGGUGGCUUUGAUGGUGGGGAAGAAAGGAACCAUCACUGUGAAGGGUCAGCGCAGUGUUGGUGCCACAGACGAAAUGACCAAGAGUAACAGCUCCGAAGCCAGAUCUGCCCGGAAACAGACCAUCGUCUUCUUAGGGCUGAUCGUUCUGACUCUUACUCUGUGCUGGAUGCCCAACCAGGUCCUCCGCAUCAUGGCAGCCAGCGUACCUAAGCAGGAAUGGACAGUCCACUACUUCCGUGCCUACAUGACGUUGCUCCCAAUCGCGGACAUCUUCUUCUACCUCAGCUCCGUGGUGAAUCCGCUUUUGUAUAACGUUUCUUCCAAGCAAUUCAGAGACGUUUUCCUUCAGGUUCUUCGUUGUCGUCUGACAUUGGAGCACGUCAACAUAGAAAAACUCCACAGAGCUCACCGAAUCUCUGCUGCCAGCAGCACCAACCACAAGAGGCCUCUGAUCUCCUUGUCCUCAAGAAGAAAGAGCAAGUCCACUCAAAAAAGCUCAUUCCAGACCUUUAAGGGCCGUCCUGAGCAGGACAGUAGCCCGGUGCCAAUGACUCCCCAACAGGAUCACACUGAAGAGAUGGUGAGGGCAACAUCCAGAAGGAACGGCAUCAAUGAAAGUGAAAUCUGAGCCAUACUAAUCCUUGAAGAGC